CUCCCUCCUCCCUCUAUAUAAAGCCCUCCCUUUCUCUCCCUCUCCUCCACACCCAAAUCUCUCUCUCUCUCUCUAACAAACUCUCUCUCUGCAAAAGAAAGAAACUAACCAUGCCGGAAGCUCCAAAACAAUCACCUAGUGGCACGGACUAUACUCCUUCAGAGAAAAACAAGAAGGCUCUUCAGUUCAUCGAAGAUGUGACUUCCAACGCCGACGAAGUCCAGAAGCGACUCCUCGCCGAUAUCCUCUCUCGCAACGCUGGCGUCGAGUACUUGCAGCGGCACGGCCUCGCUGGCUACACCGAUCGCGAAACCUUCAAGAAACUCAUGCCCGUCAUCAAAUACGAGGACAUACAGGCCGAUAUCACUCGCAUCGCCAAUGGCGAUAUGUCCCCAAUCCUCUGCUCACAACCCAUUUCUGAAUUCCUCACAAGCUCUGGGACGUCUGGUGGAGAGAGGAAAUUGAUGCCUACCAUUGAGGAAGAGCUUGGGAGGAGAUCAUUGAUGUACGGGCUUUUGAUGCCUGUGAUGAACCAGUUUGUUCCUGGUUUAGACAAAGGCAAAGGAAUGUACUUCUUGUUCAUAAAAUCAGAGGCUAAGACCCCUGGGGGACUAGUGGCUCGUCCUGUUUUGACUAGCUACUACAAAAGUGCCCAUUUCAAGGACAGGCCUUAUGACCCAUAUACUAACUACACUAGCCCAAAUGAGACCAUUCUCUGCCCAGACUCUUACCAAAGCAUGUACUCCCAAAUGCUCUGUGGCCUUUGCCAACACAAGGAAGUCCUCCGGGUCGGAGCGGUCUUCGCCUCCGGGUUCAUUCGCGCAAUCCGAUUCCUCGAAAAGCACUGGCCCCUCCUCUGCGCGGAUAUCCGAACCGGGACCCUAAAUCCCCAAAUUACGGAUCCGACGGUGAGGGAGGCCGUGAUGAAAAUCCUCGAACCGAACACCAAGUUCGCGGAUUUUGUUGAGGCUGAAUGUGGGAGAGAGUCAUGGCAAGGGAUUAUUACUAGGUUGUGGCCUAACACCAAGUAUGUGGAUGUGAUUGUGACUGGGACUAUGUCACAGUACAUACCCACUCUUGACUACUAUAGCAAUGGCUUGCCUCUUGUGUGCACCAUGUAUGGUUCCUCUGAGUGUUACUUUGGUGUCAAUCUCAACCCUCUUUGCAAGCCCAGUGAAGUCUCUUAUACCCUCAUUCCCAACAUGGCCUAUUUCGAGUUCUUGCCUGUUCACAGAAACAAUGGUGUCACCAAUUCAAUCACCAUGCCCAAAUCCCUCAAUGAGAGGGAACAGCAAGAAUUGGUCGAUCUUGUCGAUGUCAAGCUAGGCCAAGAGUAUGAGCUUGUUGUUACCACUUAUGCAGGUAAAAAUUUUGAACCCAAAAUUAAAAUUAUUGCUCUACAAUUUAGGUCUUAA